GCGCAUGCUCGCCGGCCGCUGCGCUCUCGCGUGCGCAGAGUGUUUGGAAGUUCGGAGGUCCAUCCGUUGUAAAACAAUGGACACGGACGCUUCGUCGGAGAGCCUCUUCGGCUGCCCCAUGUGUGACGAGUUGUUUGUCGAGCCGGUGUCCAUACCGUGCGGACAUACGUUCUGCGAGAACUGUCUGAGUACGUUUUGGGAGUGGAGCUAUAAAGCGGAGGGCUACACUUGUCCUUUUUGCGGAGAUGUGUUCAACCCCAAGCCGCACACCUACAGGAAUGUCGUCGCCGCGGAAGCCGUGGAACUUUUAAAAAAUACGCGGCUGCGCUGCGAGGAGGAGGAGAGGCUCACAGCAGCCGAGGACGUGGCGUGUGAUGUGUGUCCAGGGGCGAGAUACAAAGCCGUCCAGUCGUGUGUGACCUGCCUGGCCUCUUACUGUGGGACGCACAUCCGGCCGCACUUGGAGUCCGAGGCUCUGCGGACGCACAAGCUGACGGAGCCGAUCCAAAACCUACAGUGGCGGAUCUGCGAGCAGCAUCGGAAACCGCUGGAGCUGUUCUGCCGGACCGACAGCAAGUACAUCUGCGCCUUGUGUGUCGUGAGCGGGCACCAGGGCCACACGCUGAAAAUAGCCGUGGAAGACAAGCCGAACACUCAAGCGGCGCCACAGAAGCGGAAUCAUUCUGGCAAGCAGAAGCAGACUUCAUCUUCAAGACCAAAAAAACACCUCAAACGAAAUGAACAGGAUUUCACCUCUGAAUCUGAAAGUUGGAGUACUACCCCUGACUAUUUUUCUUUUAGUUCUCCUGGAAGCUUAGAAGAUUUAGACCUAGCAGUGAACAGCUCUCACAGUGGACACCCAACACGCAAGAAGCCUGAUGUUCCUGAUUCCUCGAGUAACACAGUUAAGAGUAAACCCCAGAAGCCUGCUAAAAAGAGUCCAGCCAGUUCAAAGAAACUUAGCCAAUCAGAAGUCUAUGAUUUAAUAUCCUCAAGAAAUGAGCUACCUAUCAUCUGCAAAGGCAAAACCGGUGUUCUGCACAAAGACAAGUUGGCCACCAAAGGUGAACCUUCCAUAUAUUUCCAGGGGGGUUGGCUCUUUCCUGGAGAAUUUGAAAUUCUGAGUGGAAACGCAGCCGCGAAACACUGGAAGAAGAGCAUCUGUCUGAAUGUAAUGGAGCUGAAUAAACAGUUCAAGGCGUUACUGAGCGACUCCAGCGCUUGCUUCCCCAGAAUCACUCUGUUCACAUUAAUUGAAGAAAAUAAGCUUAAAUGUGAACUUCAAGAAGUGAGAAAAGAACUGCUUGAGAGUUGCCUUCCCGACAUUACCCCGGGCAAUGCCAAAGUACGUUCACUGGUAAAGUGCAGGAAAAGACAGAAGGUUAAUGGGCGGAAGUAAAUACAUUCAUACUGAAUUCAACCGACUUUCAAUUUUAAACUUUUUUUUUUUUUUUAAAACAAAAAGAUAAUAAAAAAAAGACUGUAACCUUUUUAAA